GCUCCGUUACUCCAUUCAUUCCACUAGACUAGAGGAUAGCGAGAACGUGACCAUGGCAGCAGCCACGCAGCAGAUGUCGAGUCUGCCCAGCGGACUCCGGAUCUGUACCACCGUACCGGACAUCCUCUACCUGCCCGAGCUGGUGUUUGGAGGGCUGGUAUGGAUCCUGGUAGCAUCCACACGUGUGGCAAUGGCCUCAUUUUUGUCAUUGGCCUUACUUAUAACAGUGCCAAACCCUCUAGGAUGGGUGAUGUUUGUAUCAGUCUUCUGCUUUGUGAUGACCUUCCUCUGGCUCAUCAUCUUCGCCUCUGGAGGGCACAAAAACAGCAGCAGCUGGGCUGCAGCGGACUUCUUGUAUCACCUGGUUGCUGUUGUAUUCUAUCUGAGCGCCUCAGUGAUCCUGGCCAAUGAGACUAUCGCCAUGAAAGCGUUUUCGAACGUAUUAUAUCAGUACUAUCAAAUCGACAUUGCAGCUGUGGUAUUCUCGUUUGUUGCCACAUUGCUGUACUUCAUCCAUUGCAUCUUUUCUGCUAUGCGAUGGAAAUCCUUCUAAUCAAAGUAUCUGAGCAAAAGAAAAAUACAUUUGACAUGAAUUGUUUAAAUAUGUUAAAAUAAACACUGAAAAACCACUGGGGCUGAAAAACUAAUUUCAGGGGUCAGUCCUGUCCAUGUCUUCUACUCAAAAACACAAAACCACAGAAAUCAUGAUGGAAUAAACCCACUUAUACUUUUAAUAAUGUAUUAUUCUAACUUCAGUACUUUUCUAAUGAUGAUGUGUUCUUUUAUUUGGGGGAAGGGACAAUUUGAAAUGCUGUCUGUACUAGUACACUGACACCUCGUGUAGAUGUGGAUGAAGAAAGAUUGUGGAUUUUGUAUACUUCUUGUAACUUUGUAACAGAUAUAUGAAGUGUUGUAUAUUUAGCUACUACACACUAUGAACAACAUACUAUUUUAAUAAAAGAAUAUGAACUGGA